AUGACUCUCAAAGAGGAAUUCGCGACGAGAAAUUUCAGUAUCUACGGACAAUGGCUCGGCGUCCUGUCCAUGAUUCUGUGUUUUGCUCUCGGACUAGCCAACAUCAUCACCACCCGGUUCGGCGUCAUUCCCUUCGCCAUUGUCUGCCUGGCAUGCUCCUUCAUCAUCCUCUUCAUCGAGGUGCCCCUCCUCCUGCGAAUCUGCCCGACCUCGUCGACGUUUGACGCCGCCAUCCGCAAGGUCUCGACCAACUACAUGCGCGCUGCCGCCUACGGCGCCAUGGGCCUCGUCCAGUGGCUGUCGCUGAUCGUGCACACCACCCCGCUGGUCGCCGCCGCGCUCUUCCUGACCCUGACCGCCGCCUGCUACCUCCUCGCCGCUCUCAAGAAGCAGGCCUUUGUCGGGAGCCGGACGCUGGGCGGGCAGGGCGUCGCGCAGAUGAUUGUAUAA